CAUCCCCGCAGAUCUGGUAAUUCCGGGUUUCAUAUGAAAUAACCUUUGAAACAUUUUCAUGGAUGAUGACUUUGCAGAUGGAUAAAACUACUGCUCGCUCUCCAAGGGAGCGAGCCAAGUCCAUACUUGAUAAGACUUUUGAGUUAGAAAACAAGCGUCGGAAGGCUGCUCAGACUCGAAGUCAACCUGACCUAAAUUUGUGGCAGCAAAUUCGUGAGAAUUAUGAAGCAAUAAUUCUUGAAGAUCAUACCUUUUCUGAGCAGCACAACAUUGAAUUGACUCUGUGGCAGUUGCAUUACAAACGGAUUGAAGAGUUUAGAUCACACAUCAAUGCUGUAUUGGCUUCUAGUAGCUCGAGUUCAGCUCAGAAUGCCAAGGGUCCUUCUAAACCAGACGUAAUUGCAAAACUCAAGCUGCAGUUCAGAACAUUCCUUUCAGAAGCAACUGGGUUUUACCAUGAUAUGAUCUUAAAAUUAGAUCAAAGGGGAUUCCAAGAACAGAGAGUAUGCUGCUGCUUCAAGUUACUAUUUGCAAGCAGCUUCUCUAUUGCCAGCCUAUGGAAACCCACAUCAUCAGCUUGCUAUAAUUCCUUUCCCAACUGCCGUGACAACUUGAUUGUUGCUUUUGAAAAGAAUCGUCAGAGUUAUGCCCAAUUGUUUGUGGCUUCCAAAGACUCAGCCAGGAGGCCGACUGGUAAAGGAAGAGGUAAAGGUGAAGGUACAUCAUCAAAAGAUGCGAACUUGGUAGCUGGUCCUGUGAAGGAUAAAGUAACUAUUUCAAAUGAGAUGCUCAAAGCAUUCUGUACUAGAUUUCUUCGUCUCAACGGGAUUCUUUUUACCCGAACAAGCCUGGAGACAUUUUUAGAUGUUCUUGCCUCCACUAGCAGCAGUUUACGAGAGGUGAUUUCUUUGGGCUCAGUUGACGAGCUGAGUUUGGGCAUAGACACCAGUGACAGCGCACUUUUCAUUGUUAGACUCGUGACAAUUCUUAUAUUUAGCGUCCAUAACUCAAAGAAAGAGACAGAAGGUCAGUCAUAUGCAGAGAUUGUACAGCGUGUUGAGCCUGCCAGAAACUCCUUAACAGCUAGUUUUGAGUUACUUGGACACGUAAUAGAGAAGUGUGUGCAACUGGGAGAUCCUUCUUCGAGUUACUUCUUGCCUGGUGUCUUAGUUUUUGUUGAAUGGUUGGCCUGUUGUCCUGAUGUUGCACUGGGAAGUGAUUCGGAUGAUAGACAGACUGCUGUAAGAAAUAGCUUUUGGAACCAGUGUGUUACCUUGUUCAAUCAAAUCUUGUCGCUUGGACCUAUGUUUAUUGAUGAUGUCGAAGACGAGACUUGCUUCUCAAACAUGAGCUUGUAUGAUGAAAGAGAAACUGAAAACCGACUUGCACUAUGGGAGGACUAUGAACUAAGAGGAUUCUUGCCACUGCUUCCAGCUCAGACCAUUCUCGACUUCUCAAGGAAACAUUCCUUUGGAACUGAAGGUCCCAAGGAAAAGAAAGCUCGUAUAAAGAGGAUUUUAGCAGCAGGGAAAGCUUUGACCAGUGUGAUCAAAGUUGAUCAGAAUCAUGUAUAUUUUGAUUCAAAGAAGAAGAAGUUUCAUGUUGGUGUAAAACCGUCAGAUGACUUGCUGGAUUCUCAUUCAAGCCCACCUAAAGCUUGUAAUGCUUUGCAAGAUAACCAAGUAAUGAUGAAUCAUAAUUUGCCAGUGAUGCAGCUUGGUCAGCAGAUUUAUAUGGGUGAGGAGGAUGAUGAUGAUGAAGUAAUUGUUUUCAAGCCUCUAGUUACUGAAAAGAAGAAAGAGGCUUCUGACCAAAUAUAUGUUCCUAGUGGAGGCUUCAGGAAACCUGAUCAAGUUGCUACUAUGGGGGACUUUAAGGCUUUAAGUGGUUCUGAUGCAGCUUUUCAUGAAAAUCAACUUCUGCAAGCUAGAGGCAAUGCGAGUAUUCAAGUACCUGCACCUGUUGGUUCUAACCUUCUGGGACUUCUUCAGCCAUCAACCCAGGCUCAAGCUAUGCAUAUGCAACAAGUUCAGACGCAGGUUCAAGUGCCUGGAUCUGUUGGUUCUAACCUUCUGGGACUUCUUCAGCCAUCAACCCAGUCUAAAGCUAUGCAUAUGCAACAAGUUCAGACGCAGGCAGUGAAUCCUCAGCCAGCCCAAUCACUAGCUGCUACACGUCUUCAGCCAAUGCAAUCACAGGUUGCACAACUUCAACCAUUACCAUCACGGGUUGAGCACUUUCAACAAACUCAGGCACAGGUUUCACAUGUUUCAGCGGCCCAGACACAAUCUGCUUCCUUUGUUGGUGGUAGCAAGUGGUCACCAGAGGAAGCUGCUUCUCUUGCUAGUAGCCUAUCUGGUUUUGCUCAGAUGGGUAAUGGUCAUCUAAUGAGGAAUGAGAUGCAAGGAAAUCAUGGAGUUUCCUAUUACCCUGCACACUCAUUACCGGUCCACCAGUCUUACAAUGUCAAUGGUAUGGGUGGUAUGCCAUAUUCACAGUCACGAACACCUGAAGCUGUAUUGACACCCAGAAUUGAUACUGUUUUGUCAUCCGGAGUUGUUGCUGAUGGCCUGGGCGUCCAAUCUUCGUUAGCAAAGAAAAAUCCAAUCAGUAGAGCCUUUAGGCAUCUUGGCCCUCCGCCUGGGUUUAACUCUGUCCCCUCUAAGCUGCAAAAGGAGCCAGCACCUGGUUCGGAUUUUUCUGGCAACAACAAUCUACCGGUUGAUGAUUACAGCUGGUUGGAUGGAUACCAAGCUCAAUCUUCUCGAGGCGUUGGGCCGAACAGUUCUUUGAAUUACGCCGCCUCUGGGAAACCAGGACACAUCGGUGGUACCAGCAGUGGACUGAACGGGGCUGCCAACUUUCCGUUUCCUGGAAAACAAGUUCCAACAUCACAGGUCCAAGCAGAUUUUCCAUAUUUCCAGAACCCUCAGAAAGAUAACUUUGUGGACAAAAAUCAUCAAUCAGCUCAACUCCCUGAGCAAUAUCAAGGACAUUCGACUUGGUCGAGUCGUCACUUUGUGUGAGAUCAGAAUGGAAGAGUAACACGGUGAGUGUUACGCAACGUUUAUUGCUACCUAACUCCAACUGAUCCUUGUUCUGCUGAAGUCUCUAGUUGGAGUCUUUGUGGCCUUGGCUUCUUGUGGGGCACUUCCUACCUGACGGAUUCAGGACACAGCUCAUGUUGGUGAAAGAGAUAUGUGGUAACAAGAAUGAAUGGUUCUGUGGAAUUGAUAGGAGUAAAGUGCCUUUCUCGUGCUACUUGAGGUGGAGAUGUUAGACCUUAUGAAUAAGAAAGGAAACGUACCUUGUGGCUCACUCUCGAUAUCUGAAGCAGUUGUUUGCUGUUUUGCCCUCUUUAUCCUUUUUUCUUUUCUUAUUGCGUAUAAAUGUGUAGCUGUCCG